CAGGCAGACAGGUCUGGGUGCAGCCGCAGUGGAUGACGAUGGCCGGUCGCCGAUGGCUCGUCCCGCCUGUUCAAGGCCUGCUGCUCUGCAUCUUGGCUCUACACAUCCGUCUCCAGGACUCUCUUGCCCCAGCAGAGCAUAACACAGUUGCCAACAGCACCGUGGUGGCUGCCAAGAAUGCCUUGUGGGUUGCUGCGACCACCAAGAACGUCUCAGUGGUGACUACAGCUGUAAAGAACACCACCAAAGAUGCCGUACUGGUGGCCACCACCAAGGAUGCCACAGUGGUGGCCACCACCAAGGAUGCCACAGUGGUGGCCACCAAAAAUGCCAGAGCAAUGGUCACCAAGAAUGCUAUAGUGGUGGCUACCACCAAGAAUGCCUCAGAGGUGGCCACCAAGAACGCCUCAGUGGUGACUACAGCUGUCAAGAACACCACCAAGGAUGCCACAGUGGUGGCCACCACCAAGGAUGCCACAGUGGUGGCCAUCACCAAGAAUGCCAGAGCAGUGGCCACCAAGAAUGCCAGAGCAGUGGCCACCACCAAGGAUGCUGUACUGGUGGCCACCAAGAAUGCUGCAGUGGUGGCUGCCACCAAGAAUGCCUCAGAGGUGGCCACCAAGAAUGCCUUGGUGGUGGCCACUGCCAGCAACACCUCGGUGGCUUCCACUGGCAAUGCCUCAGUGGCCACCAACACCUCUGUGCACAAGAGACAGUGGUAAGGAAAGUAAUGGAAAGAGGGGCAUUUCUGGGCCAUUGCAGCCUUACAGUGUCUCUCGCCCAGCUGGUCUAUCGUGACAGCCAGAGUGCCAUGGGAGCAUCUCCUGGGGAGGAAGGGGAGCACUAUGGGCAGAUGGGGGUGGCCCCUCCGGACAGUGAGGCUGUGGCUGGGGACAGCCCCGUGGUGCUGUGCAAGGAGGCUUCGCUACAUGGUGACACCCUGGUAUGUUCUCCCUCCAGCUCACCUGCCAGAGCUUUCAGUGCUCCGGGGAGAGGUGUUACCAGGAUGAAGCCCAUUCCAACAGAACAGUCACCUGCCAUAAUGAGACUUACUGUGAGCUUUAUCGUUUCUCCAGCACAAACUACACAGCCGGGUGCAGCAGCAGCUGUGGUGUGGGGCUGUGCAGGACCAACGGUAGCGAGAGCAGGCAGCAGUGUGCCCUGGAGUGCUGUGCCACCCCGCUGUGCCUGCAGCUCAACGCCAGCACCUACGGUGACCUGCCACCCACCACUGCUCCACCCAGGACCACCAACACCACCCACCGACCUCCCGCCCAAAAUGGGAAAGUGUGCACAGCGUUCUCCUGUCACGGGGAUGGGUGUUUCAAAGGCAGGAAGACCGUUGCUAGAUGCAUCUUGGGGCAGGACUUCUGUGAGAUGAAGAGGACGGGCUUGAAUUACAUGGCAGGAUGUAGCAAAGCCUGCAAGGCUGCCAAACCAGUCUGUGCCAGUGGGAUGAAGGCUGCCUGUUACCAGGAAUGCUGCCCAGCCACCCCGAAAGCCAGCUGUCUGAAACUGGACGGCAAAAUUCAUGUCAAUAGCGCUGGGCAGGUGACACUGGCCCCACUCUUGAAGGUCAUGGCAUGUGGUGUGGUCCUUCUUCUGAAUUACAGGGCCUUCACUUCCCUCCAGGGGUAGGCAGCUGUCGGGAUGCUCCACAGCCUGCCCUCCUGCAGCAGAGCUCCACAGCGCUCGGUAGGAUCCUGUUGCUCUCUGACUUCAGCCAAGGCCACUAUCAAACACUCUCUGUCACAUCCUUGUUGUACUCAGAAAGCUACAGGAGGGAUUCUGCCCUGCCCCGCCCAAAUCCUGUAGGCCUGAGAGACCCGCAAACUAAUUGUGGAUCUUGAGAGCUGUGCAGUGUGUGCCUCCGUGCUGCUGGAAUGAGGGACCAGGAACGAGGUGUUAGGCCUCCUUAAAAAUCAGAAAAUUCUGCCUUGACUGAAGGCACAAGGGCUCCUCUAGUCAUUGACCUGCUUGUGGUGCAGCCUCCCUGGACCCCCUGUGACCUGUUUAGUUCUGAGCAGUUUAGUUCUGAACUGCUCUGGCAAUGAAAUGCCUCUUGCCUGGGUGGGUAAAAUGGUAACUCCAUGUUUUGUCUCCAAGUCCUAGGCAGGAAAAUGGGAUUACUCUAAAAGUGUCUCAUGUUUUAGAUGAUCUUGUUUCACAUCUGUGGUUCUCUGUUGCUAAAGGCAGAGCCCAGAUGUGAGCCUGCAACAUGAACACCCCCAGUGCUUGCCCAUCCUGUUCUUCCAGGACACAGAGCUGGUGCAGAGCUGGUUGGGCAGAAUUCCCAGGAGUCAAGGUGCUCCCAGUUGUACACACGUCCAUGGUGCUGUCCCCUGCAACCGCUCUCCUCUGCUGCCGCUGGCUCCUUAGAGAAAAGAUUGCAAAAUAUUAAAGUCUGUGUA